AUGAGGUUAACCACAGCGCUCAUCGCCGCCGCCUCGCUCGCGGCACACUCGGCCUCUGCAGGCCCAGUCAAGCGCGACACCGAGUACGACUAUGUCGUCGUCGGCGGCGGCACUGCCGGCCUCGCCAUCGCGGCCCGCCUGUCCGAGGACCCCAAGGUCCAGGUGGCCGUCAUCGAGCCCGGCACCUACUACCAGAUCAGCAACAUGAUCGUCGGCGAGGUGCCCGCCGGCUGCAGCCUGUUUGCGGGCUCGGACCCCGCCGACACCAACUCGGCCGUCGACUGGGACAUUGUCACGACGCCGCAGGAGGGCGCGAUGAACAGGAGUUUGCACAUUGCUCGCGGCAAGUGUCUCGGCGGAAGCUCCGCACGCCACUACAUGGUCUACCAGCGCGGCGACAAGGGCUGCUACCAGCAGUGGGCCGACGACGUCGGAGACCAGAGCUACACGUGGGACAACCUGCUGCCAUACUUCCAGAAGAGCGUCAACUUCACUGCCCCGCGUGCCCCUCCUCGUGCCGCCAACGCGACGGCCGACUACAACCCUGCCGCGUUCACCAACGGCUCUGGCCCGCUGCGCGUCACGUACACCAACUAUGCGAGCCCUAUCUCGAGCUGGGUGCAGAAGGGCCUGACUGAGAUCGGUAUCCUCCCGACGCAGGACUUCAACUCGGGCUCCCUCCUGGGCUCUGGCUACGCCGCGUCCACGAUCGACCCCAAGACGAUGAAGCGCGAGUCGUCGCAGACGUCCUACUACGAGCCGGCGAAGAACCGCCUCAACUUCCGCACGUUCAUCCUGUCCAAGGCGUCCAAGGUCGUGUUCGACGCCAACAAGAAGGCGACCGGCGUGCAGCUCACCGACGGCCAGUUCAUCAAGGCCAACAAGGAGGUCAUCCUCUCCGCUGGCGUCUUCCAGUCGCCCCAGCUCCUCAUGCUCAGCGGCAUCGGCCCCAAGGCCACGCUCGACAAGUACAACAUCACCGUCAUUGCCGACCGUCCCGGUGUGGGCCAGAACCUGACCGACCACGCCUUCUUCGCGCCGUCCUACCGCGUCAAGGUCGAGACGUUCACCCGUCUCGCCAGCGACCUGAUCUACAUCGCUACGCAGUACCUCUUCAGCUUCAUCGGCAGCCAGACCGGACCCCUGACCAACCCCGUCGCCGACUUCCUCGCGUUCGAGCGCCUGCCCGGCGGCCUCGUGUCCCCCGACACGCAGAAGCUGCUCGACGAGAUCCCCACAACGUGGCCGCACAUCGAGUACACGGCCGCCUCGGGCCACAUUGGCAACUUCUCCAACCUGCGCAAGGACCAGCCCAAGGACGGGUACCAGUACGGCGGCAUCAUGGUGGCCCUCACGGCCGCCUUCUCGCGCGGCACCGUCGGCAUCAAGUCGGCGAGCAUUGACGACCUGCCCGUCGUCGACCCCAAGUACCUCACCCAUCCUGGUGACGUGGAGGUUGCCGUGGCCGCCUUCAAGCGUGCGCGCAAGGUCUACGCCUCCGAGGCCAUGGCCGACGUCCUCGCCGACCCGAACGAGUACUACCCCGGCGUUGGCGUCCAGACCGACGAGCAGAUCACCGAGGCGAUUCGCAAGAGCAUCGGCCCCCUCGGCGGCCACGGAUCAUGCACCUGCCGCAUGGGCCGUGUCGAUGACCCCAACGCCGUGGUUGACAACAAGGCGCGCGUCAUCGGCGUCACUGGCCUGCGUGUCGUCGACGCGUCUUCGUUCGCCAUUCUGCCUCCAGGCCACCCUCAGGCGACGGUCUACGCCCUCGCUGAGAAGAUCGCCGACGAGAUCAAGAAGGGCAACUAG